CAAUAAUUUCUCCACCCACGAUUUACAUUUUACAAGCCUCGCAUCUCCAGUUCGGCUAGAAAUCCAAUGCUCCGCUCUUCUGUAGCUUCUCCUUCCGCACCGUAUUCCUUCCUCUCAUGCCGCUGGAGCUUCUUGCCGAAGCCCGCAGCUUCCGUUCGUAACUUCUCCGGAACGCUUUCCGACCACUCCUGUUCUCUGAGUUAUCUUGCACCUCCUAUUUGUGCUACUGGGUAUCGGGCCAUCGCCAAAGCUGUCGGGGAAGAUGUCGAAGAGGAAAAAGAGGUGGGUGGUUUGAACUUCAUAGAAGUGGGCUACAUUACUGGCGUGCACGGGCUUAAAGGGGAGUUGCGAGUGAAACCCAAUACAGGUUUUCCAGAGCUUAGGUUUUGCAAGCCUGGGAGAAGGUGGCUUAAAGCACGAAUUUUAGGCAAGGAAACAAUUUCUGAAAUGGAGCUUACUAGGGGCAGAAGCCAUCCAGGACAGAAGUGUUGGAUUUUUUUUUUUUGCUUAAAACCCGCAUUGGGGCCUACGCGUUAA